AUGAAGACCGCGUCCGUGCUCACAGCUUUUGCUGCUUCAGUAGCAGCAUGGCCAGCAGUCGUCCAGCAAGACAUGUUGCUACWGAGGGCAGCAUCUUCUGGCCGCCUCAACACUGGAGGUGGACACCCAAAUCCUAAGUGGGAUGCUAAGGAGCAAUACGUCGACGUGACCGACAAUGGUCCUAAUCCUUUCCAGUCGCCAUCCUCUACCAACCUACGUGGUCAGUGUCCUGGGCUGAACGCUGCUGCAAAUCACGGCUUCUUGCCCCGUAACGGAAAGGCUACCAUUCAACAGACUAUCACUGGCUUGCGUGAUGCGUAUGGCAUGAAUCCUGAUCUUGCCGCCGGUCUCGCCGCCAUUGCUAUCCUCACCUCUGGUGAUAUUCCUAGUGGGCAGUGGUCCAUUGGUGCCGGAUUCCCAUCAACCUUGCCUCUGGUGCUGAGCGACCCAAAGGGCAUCCUCGGCUCCCACAACAAAUAUGAGGGAGACGCUUCUAUCGUCCGCGGAGAUGCAUUCCUCAACAACGGCAAGGUCGAUGUGUUUAACUGGAGAUCUUGGAAUAACCUCUGGAACCUCGCGGAGGGUGGUCUUACUAUGGAUAAAAUCACCGAGCAGUCUCAAUACGUCACCGACUAUUCGCUGAACAACAACCCUCACUAUUUUUCCGGCCCAUUCAGUGGUCUUGUUGCGCCGGCUGCCAAUAACUUCGUCAUCAACUUCAUGUCGAAUCACUCUGCGGAGACCCCUGGUGGCACACUCAACAGGGACGUCUUGUCUCAGUUCUUUGCCGUUACCGGCACUGGAGCUGGUGCUUCUGGCGUGAACCAGGGUGACUUCGUUCACCACCGCGGACAAGAGCGCAUCCCCUUGAACUGGUACCGCCGCAACACGGCGGAUGCCUACAACGUACCUGAUGUCUUUAUCGACUUACUCGCCGGCGCUCAGAAAAAUCCAGACACUCUCCGCAUCGGUGGCAACACUGGAACCACCAACUCUUUCACCGGUGUUGACAUCUCCGAUGUUUCGGGGGGAGUCUUCAAUGGAGCCACUCUUCUCCAGGGCAACAACCUAGCUUGCUUCGCCUUUCAGGCUGCCAUGGCUGGUGGUAUCGAUCAGCUCAGUGGCCUUGAGGAGAUCCUUGGCCCAGCCCUGUCACCAGUCACCGACGCGAUUGCCAGCUCCAUAUCUGGGCUUUCUUGCCCACAACUUAAGAGCUUCAACCAGAACCAUUUCUCGAUCUACCCUGGGUUCAUCGACGGCGGUACUUAG